ACAGCAAAGAGAAGCCAUACCCCCUGACCUGCCCUAAUGGAGAAGUCCAACACUCAAGUGAAGAAACAACAACUGAGGACAUGUCUAAGCCUAAUAAAGGGAAGAAGCACUCGGGAGGUGCCAAGGGCCAAAAAGAGCAUGGAGAUAAGAAAACAAGUGCGACAUCGAAACCUGCUGAUAAAAAAGUACCAGAAGCACCAGAGAAAAAAACUGGGAGCCAUAGCGUCAGUGAGCCGCAAGGAGCCCAUGGUGUAGGCCCAAGCAAGACACCAACUUCACAACAAAAGCAGGUGAAGCCAGCAGAUACAACUUCACAGCAAAAGACAAUGAAACCAGCAGAUACAAAGCCUAAACAAAUACCAAAAACAGAACCAGCUAAAACUACACAACCCACAAAGACGAAAAGUUCCCCUUCAGAUGCAGCAGCAAAACCUGCUAUUGGGAAGUCCCCUCCCAAACAAGACACAAGGCAACCACCAGUGAAGCAGAAAACAGACUGCAAGGUUUCAUCAGGAGCUGCUGGUAAAGUUGCAGCCGCUGCUGUUGCUGGAGCUGUAGCCGCAGCAGGGGCCACUGUUGCUUCCACAGCAAAGCAUGGGGCUAAAGAUCAACACAAAAAAGUAAUUGCAGAGAAAGUAUCUACUGCAACAGCACCAGAUAAGGCCAAAGAUGAACUCAAGAAAGUGAGUGUAGAUAAAAUAGCUGCAGCAACAGCACCAGAAAAGACUGCAGCCGAUGACGCUUUGGAUGAAUUAAUUGGUACUUUAGGGGGUCCAGAAGAUGUUCCAGAGUCCCCAAAAUUCACUGGGCCUGAGAUCAAGGACAAAACUGUCACCGCUGAAUUCUUGGAAGAAUUGGGAAAAAGAGAAGAUACAAUUCCACCAGAAUACAGACACUUGUUGGAUGGUAAAGGUGGAGAUAAAGCAACCCCCCCACCUAAGCCGACAGAACCUGAAAAGAGUAUGGGUGAUGACGAUCUGCUGGAAGCCCUGUCAUCUGAUUUUUCCAGCUGUCAGGCACCUCCUGAUGAAAAGAAACCAAGGCUAGAAAAGAAGAUAGAAGCAAAACCAGUAGCAGCAGCACUUACCCAACCCAGUUCCGGGAUUUCAACAGAAGACGCUUUAGAUCAGCUAUUAGGAACUCUUGAUGAGCCACCUCUAAAUGAACCAACAUCCCCAGAAUACACUGGUCCUGAAGUGACGGAGACCAUUACAUCGUCAUACUUAGAAGAGCUUGGAAAACGAGAGGGCUCAAUCCCUCCAGCUUACAGAAAAUUGUUGGAUGGAAAAGAUGACGGUAAACCUGUUGCACCACCAGCUCCAGCACAGCAGCCUGAGCCCAUAAGUGAUCUUGAAUUAGUGGAUGAAUUCUCAAAGGAUUUUGUAUCUUCUCCCACAGAACAGACUGUUCCCGCUGUCAAACCUCAAGAUACCAAAGAAGAAAAACAGAGUAAAUCCAAAGCAAUUGUUGCUUCCUCUGCACCUUCUGUACAAGCUGCUGGUGCAUCAUCUACUAGCAUUGAUGAUGCUUUAGAUGAAUUAAUGAGCACACUUGAAGGUCCUGACCUAACAGAACCAGAGCCUCUAUACACUGGUCCAGAAAUUACGGAGACAAGGACUGCAACGCAUGUGGAGGAACUUGGGAAAAGGGAGAGCACAAUUCCCCCAAAAUACAGAAAUUUGUUAGAUGGAAAAGAUGAUGGAAAAGAAGUUUCCCUACCUCCUCAACAAAAGCCUAUGAGUGAUGCAGAACUCGCUGAAGCAUUUGAUUUAGACUUUGGUUGUUCACUGUCACCUACAGCACCUCAAACACCUCCUGUCAAAACUAAGGAUUCUUCUGAAGAGAAAAAGUCAAAAGCAGAUGAAGUUGUUUCCUCUACAAAAGCUUCUCUUCAAGCUGCACCUGUGCUCUCAAAAGAUCCUGCUCCCAAAGGGGAUCCAUUUGAUGCUUUGUCUGGUACCUUAGGAGUCAGGCAACAGGAUCCAAAAGACAAGAAACCUGCUGUGGAUAAAGUUAAGGAGAAAACUGGCAAGGAAGACAAGAAAAAACUUGGUGAAGAUGAAAACACAAUACCUCCUGAUUAUAGAUUUUCAAACAUUAAGGAUAAAGAUGGAAAACCUAUUUCACCGAAAGCGGAAGUAAAACCAAAGCCCAUGAGUGAAGAUGAACUUCUUGAUGCCUUGACGGAAGGCUUUGAAACGUCUCCCACAACAACUUCAAAGACAGUACCAGUAAAACCUCCUGUGAAGGAUGCAGUAUCUGAAGAGGUUGUGUCAUAUUCCAAGGUUUCCGCCGUCCAGUCCGCAGCGCCCCAGCCUACUGAUUCUGAUGUACAGAUUCCUGACGAUGCUUUAGAUCUCCUGUCUGGUUCUCUGGGAUCGAGGGAGGUUGACCCUGAUGAAAACAAACCUGUAGUUGAUAGAGUAAAGGAAAAAGCCACAGCUGAACACAUUGAGAGGCUUGGCGAUCGAGAUAGCACAAUUCCUCCUGAAUAUCGAAACCUAUUGGAUGGAAAAGACAAUGGGGAACCUGCUGCACCACCUUUGGAAAAGGAUGUAAAGCCUCAGACGCCUGUGGAUAGUGAUGCAGCUAUUGAUGCUCUUUCUGGCAGCUUUGCAUCUUGUGAUACCACCGCAUCUUGUGAUACCACCGCAUCUAAUAAAUCACAGUCAUCCUCAAAGGACAAGAGUGACAAGGGCUUGUCAAGUACACCAGUUUCACAGCCUGGAGGAAAAGCCACUGAUCCUGCCAAGCCAAUAAAACCGCCCUCUGAGAAGCCUAGUGACCAAAAACCAAGCUAAACAAGAGGUCAAAGUGUACAGUUACCAUUGCACUUGUACAAGAAUUGCUUGGGAAGAACAAAAAUGCUGCAGCACAAGGCACUGUUACAUGACCUUAGUCAUGCCUAACCCCAGAUACAAUUUUUUUGGAAGUGCUUUCUAUUUUUUCCUUUGGCAUCUUUUUUUCUUGGUUGUUUUCUUCAUUUGUUCUCGGGGGAAAAGCUUUUAUAUUUGUAAUAAAAUAUAUCACUAUGAACUACUCAUGUCUUGAUGAAAUAAAGCCUACAAUCUUUGCACAUUCUUUAUAUAAUAGUCUGGAUACAUAAAACUGCAAACGGAGAGCUUCCAUGGUUAUGUGGAGUUGUGUAAAGAUAAGUAUAUUUUGGCAUGUGGACAUUGUAGAUUAUUACUUUUUUUACCUUUGUGUAUAAUGAAGAGAUUGCUGGUAUUUUAUAAUGAGGGUACAGUUCAGUUAUAGCACUAAGAAAUAUCAGAUGUAAGAAAUCUAAAUGAAAAGUUUACAUGAACAGUGCCUUUUUAAGUAAUAUACUCGCUAACUUUUAUUGCCUUGUUUUACAAUUCUUCUGUGUACCAAAAAAUAAUUUGUCUGUCUGCUGCAGGAAGUUCUGGCUUAUUUGAAGUGUCCUGCACAUCAGGCCAAUGUUACUUAGCACAACAGUUCCUGAAGUAGUCCUAAUAUGUCCCAAUGGGGAUUUGUUCAUUGAGAGUAUUAUCCAAAUGGCUUAAAGAGAAGUUCUCAUGCUAUAACAGAAUUCUAUAAUCUAAUGUUUUUACUUCAUAUCCCAAUUUAGGGAUCAAACACGUCCUCUCAAGACCCACAAUGCAUUGCCACUCCUGAGUAGUACGCAACUGGUGAGCCAGUCAGCAAAGGCAUACGCUCACAGAAGUAUGCCUUGUGUGUUACCUUAAAGGGACACUGAACCCAAUUUUUUUCUUUCGUGAUUCAGAUAGAGCAUGCAAUUUUAAGCAACUUUCUAAUUUACUCUUAAUAUCAAUUUUCUUCGUUCUCUUGCUAUCUUUAUUUAAAAAAGGCAUGUAAGCAACAUUUUUUGGUUCAGGCCCUGGACAGCACUUGUUUAUUGGUGGGUGAAUUUAUCCACCAAUCAGCAAGAACAACCCAGGUUGUUCACCAAAAAUAAGCCGGCAUCUAAACUUACAUUCUUGCAUUUCAAAUAAAGAUACCAAGAGAAUGAAGAAAAUUUGAUAAUAAGAGUAAAUUAGAAAGUUGCUUAAAAUAUCAUGCUCUACCUGAAUCACAAAAGUGUCCCUUUAACUAUGUGUUUAUUCCUUUUGCAGGGAUUAUACCCAUAGUAACCAGUGAUACUAAUAUUCAAAUGCUCUAAUUUAGAAAAUUUUAUUUUUGUGUACAAGAGGUGGAGAUAUGUGAUCGCUCAAUGUGUUUUAAUACACAAACUAGGUAUUCUGAUAGAAUGAAAUAUGUUACCAUGGACUGCUAAGUUUGGAACACUACCAAAAAUAAAGAUUUGAAAAUGUAAACAA